GCCAGCGAGACCUUGGUGUCCAGAAAGGAGCCAGGGCUGCCUUGGGCCGGGCCGGGCCGGGCGGCUCCAGCUCCACACCUUUUGCCUCUGUUCAAGGCCCCUCCCCCAUCUCAGUCAGGACUCCUUUGAUUGGAGGGGCACACAGGCCUUUAGGAGAAUCACUGGCCUUUGUGAUUUCAAGAGUAAUCUCAACCAUACCAAUUAUGUCUUGUCUUCUGUGCUGUAUCCUCAUUUCCUGCUGUGUAUUAGCCAUCUUCUCCUGGAUGUCCUACAGAUGGUGACUAUCAAAAGGAAAUAGGAUCAUGGCAGCAGAUGAUGACAAUGGUGAUGGAACAAGUUUAUAUGAUGUCUUUUCUGCUUCUCCUCUUAAAAAUAAUGAUGAAGGUUCUUUGGACAUAUAUGCUGAGUUGGACAGUGCUGUUUCUGACAAUGCUUCCAAAUCCUGUGUACCAUCCAGAAAUUGUUUGGAUUUAUAUGAAGAAAUCCUGACUGAAGAAGGAACUGCAAAGGAGGCAACAUAUAAUGAUCUGCAGGUAGAAUAUGGAAAAUGUCAGCUGCAAAUGAAAGAGCUGAUGAAAAAGUUUAAGGAAAUACAGACACAGAAUUUCAGCUUAAAAAAUGAAAACCAGUCUCUUAAGAAAAAUAUCUCAGCACUUAUCAAAACUGCCAGAGUGGAAAUAAACCGCAAGGAUGAAGAAAUAAAUAAUCUUCACCAAAGAUUGUCCAAGUUUCCACAUUUUCGAAAUAAUCAUAAAACUUCAAGGACUUCGGAUAUAGUUAAAAUAAAAGAUCUUAAAUCCAAGUCACCCCAUUUGGAUGAUUGUUCAAAGACUGAUCACAGAGUGAAAAAUGAUGUUUCUAAAGAUGCACAUCAUAGCACUUCACUGCCAAACCUUGAAAAGGAAGGAAAAUCACAUUCUGAAAAAAAGAGCACUUCGCAUUUGCCUAUAUCUAAUGAAAAACACUGUGCCAAUGGCAUUUGGUCACGUUCCCACUAUCAAGUUGGUGAGGGUAGUUCAAAUGAGGAGAAUAGAAGAGGGAGAAAAGAUAGUAGACAUAGCCAGUAUAGCAGAGGGACUGAGAGAAUACGAAAAGACUUAAACAGCAGCUGUAGUGAUGGUGAACCAAGGAACAUGGAAGCCAGUCAGAGGCUACAAGGACAUCCUGAGAAACACGGUAAAGGUGAACCAAAGGCUGAAAGCAAAAAUUCUAAGUUUAAAAGUAACAUAGAUUUGGAUUAUAAAAAUGAACGCAUUAGCUCUUCUUGGGACAAAGAGAGCUCUAGAGACAGAUCACACACUCGACUAGAAUCUCAAAGUGACAGAAAACUUGAAAGACAAAGUGAAAGAUCACAAAAUAUAAGUAGGAAAGAACUUAAAUUGCAAGACAAAGAAGAGAGAAAAGGUGAUCAAAAACCUAAAUCAGUAGUAAAAGACCAGGAUCAUUGGAGAAGAUCUGAACGACCAUCACUUCCUCAUUCCAAGAAUGAAAUAGCAAAAUCUCAUAAUUCAAAUAAAUACCACUUAGAAGAGAGAAGAGGGAGGGAAGAUUGUAAAAGAGACAGGGCUGUAAGUAACCACAGUUUUCAAGAAGGAAGAUGUCCGUCUUCCCUUUCAACCAGUAAAACUCACAAACACGUUGACUCCAAGGACAUUGAUGCUGUGCACCAAUGGGAAAAUACCCCUUUAAGAGCAGAAAGGCAUAGAACUGAAGAUAAGAGGAAACGAGAACGAGAGAGCAGAGAAGAAAACAGGCAUAUGAGAAAUGAAAAAAGAAUACCUACAGAACAUUUGCAGAAGACUAACAGAGAAAGUAAGAAUACUACUGAUUUAAAGAGACAGAAUGAGCCAAAAAAUGACAAAGCUGAAGCCUCUAAUGAUGUUUCCGAAGGAGCAGAUAAUAAAGAACUUGCAAUGAAAGCUGAGAGUGGUCCAAAUGAACCACAAAACAAAGACUUCAAGUUGAGUUUUAUGGAAAAAUUGAACUUAACUCUUUCUCCUGCUAAAAAGCAGCCUGUUUCUCAGGAUAAUCAACAUAAAAUAACCAAUACUCCCAAAUCCAGUGACAUAUGUGAUUUGGAGUCCUUGGUGCAGACUGAAACAGUGACAUGUGUUCCUUCUGUUGGUGAACAUAUCAUAGAGGAAACCAAAUUAGAGUUAUUGGAACCAAAGGAUGCUCCUUCAGCAGCAUCUGAACCCAGGACCAGUAUUUCAGAAAGGAAUAUAGAAGAAGAAAAUAGAUUGUUAGUUGAAUCUGUUGAGAAUUCUGUGCAUUGUGACAUGCCCAUUUGUGGUACAGAGACUUCCUUCUCAGCCCCUGUGGAAAUGGAACAAACAGAAUCCUUAUUUCCAUCAUCAACAGAAAUAGAACAAACCAUUACUAGUGGGGCAACGGCAGCAGUUCCUGUGGCAGUGGACACAUUACAAACAAAUGUUCCUCAAAACUUUGGCUUGGAAUCAGAUACCAAAAGAAAUGAUGACUUAAAUUCUUGUAGUAUUUCUGAAGAUAUAGAAAUGAAGGAGGCUUUUUCAACAAAAGUGACCAAAUCCAGUGAGAGCAUUUUGCAGCCGUCAAUUGAAGAAGCUGGCAUUUUGCCAGUAGUCCUUUCAGAAGAUGAUAAACCAAAAUGUGAGACUUCUCUUGUAGAUCCACCACUGGUUGAAAGUAAGUCUUGUCAUUUGGAGCCUUGCUUACCUAAAGAGACUCUAGAAUCUUCACUUCAGCAAACUGAGUUAAUGGACCACAGAAUGGAAAUUGGUGAAACAAACUCAGUAUAUCAUGAUGAUGAGAACUCGGUUCUGAGCAUUGACCUUACUCAAUUGAGACCUAUUCCAGAAGCCAUCAGUCCUCUCAAUAGUCCGGUGAGACCCAUAGCAAAAGUUCUUAGACUGGAAAGCCCAUCUCAAGUUCCAUUAUAUAAUAAUCAUCAUAAAGAUGUGUUUCCACCAAAUUCAGCUCAUCCUACCUCCAAGAGUCAGUCUGAUCUCAAUAAGGAAAAUCAAAAGCCAACUGGCAAAUCUGACAAAUUUCCAGAAGCAGACUCCCACAAGGAUUCAUCUUUAGAUGAAUUAGAAGAAGGAGAAAUUAUAAGUGACAGCGAAAAAUCUAAAUCACAAAAAAGUUGUGAAAAAAGUGCCAACCCCAGAGCUUCUGCUGAAGUGCAAAACACAAAGACUAGCCCAGGAAGUAGGAAAAGUACUGUGCAUUUGGGUAAAGACAAUAGGAAGGUACCAUCUGUGAAAACCCAUCAGACCAAAAGCAAAUGGAAUAAAAGACAGAGUGAAUCUAGAAGAUCUGCAAGAACUGAAAAGAAAGAUAGGUCAGUGAGCACUUCCGGCCUGGGAAAAACACUUCCAACUGUUGCUGCACCCUCUUCUGUCCAAGAUGUUAUGCACAUGUUACGGACGAUAAGAAAGCAUGUAAGGAAAAAUUACAUGAAAUUCAAGGUAAAAUUUUCAUUAAAACAGUUUCAUAGAAUUAUUGAGUCAGCAAUUUUGAGUUUUACAUCACUAAUUAAACACCUUAACUUAUCCAAAAUCUCUAAGUCAGUGGCUACUUUACAGAAGAAUCUCUGUGAUGUUAUAGAAUCCAAACUUCAGCAAGUUAAAAAGAAUGGCAUAGUGGAUCGUUUAUUUGAACAGCAGUUACCAGAUAUGAAAAAAAAACUCUGGAAGUUUGUAGAUGAACAACUUGAUUAUUUGUUUGCAAAGCUUAAGAAAAUCUUAAUAAAGUUCUGUGACUCUAUAAACUUUGGCAGUGACAGUGAUGAAGGAAAACUUGAAAAGAUACAUAAAGAGAAAGCACAGUAUUCAAAUUGUCAGAAGAAGAAUGGAGAUAACUCCAGCAAAGAAAUGUUGAAAGAGAAGUCCUCCAAAUCAGAAGAUUCUGACUACUGUAAGUCAUUAGUAGGAUGUAAAAAAUCCGAGGAAAAACAUCAAGAGCAAAAUAAUUCCAACGUUAACACAGUAAAGCAUGACAUUAAAAAAAAUAUUAACACUUGCUCUGAUAAUAUUAAGAACCCUCAAUCCAAAGAACACUCCUUGGAAUCAAACAGUCUGGGCACUCCAAAGCUGGGGAAAAUUGAAGCCAGCACCAUGGAGGACACACAGACGUCCCAGCACGCUGCUUUGAAGCCAGAACGCAGUUUUGAGAUUCUUACUGAGCAGCAAGCAUCUAGCCUUACUUUUAAUUUAGUGAGUGAUGCACAGAUGGGAGAAAUAUUUAAAAGUUUGUUGCAGGGUUCUGAUCUUUUGGACAGCAGUGUUAACUGUAAUGAAAAAAGUGAGUGGGAGUUAAAGACACCAGAGAAACAGCUGCUAGAGAGUCUUAAGUGUGAAUCUAUACCAGCUUGUACAACAGAAGAGCUAGUUACAGGGGUGGUCUCUCCCUGUCCUAAGAUGAUUAGUGAUGAUAAUUGGUCAUUACUCUCAUCUGAGAAAGGUCCAUCUCUGUCUUCAGGGCUUUCAUUGCCAGUUCAUCCUGAUGUGUUGGAUGAAAAUUGCAUGUUUGAAGUGUCCACUAACAUAGCUUUAAGUAAGGAUAAUGUAUGUAGUUCAGAAAAGAGCAAGCCCUGCAUCUCUUCCAUACUUCUUGAAGAUCUAGCAGUCUCUUUAACAGUCCCAUCACCUCUGAAGUCAGAUGGUCAUCUCAGUUUCUUAAAGCCAGAAGCUUUGUCUAGUUCAACUCCUGAAGAAGUUAUUAGUGCCCAUUUUAGUGAAGAUGCCUUACUUGAGGAAGAGGAUGCAUCUGAACAGGAUAUUCAUUUAGCCUUGGAAUCUGAUAAUUCAAGCAGUAAAUCAAGUUGUUCUUCAUCAUGGACAAACCGGUCUGUUGCUCCAGGCUUCCAGUACCACCCUAAUUUACCCAUGCAUGCUGUCAUAAUGGAAAAGUCUAAUGAUCACUUCAUUGUGAAAAUACGGCAUACGACACCAUCUACCUCACAGAGCCUUAAACAGAACGUGGUGGCCGAUGAAUCUUCACCCAGAACGGAAAAGGAAGCUGAUGAAGCAGCAGAGAAAGAAUAUACUUCAUGUCAGGACAGAAUUUUUAAAUCAGCGGAGGAAUUGAAAAGUUCCAGUAAAAAUGUUGAGAGCAGUAAACUAGCUUGUGAAGAACAGGACUGUGUGAUACAAACAGAGGUUCCUGAUAUAUAUGAAUUUCUUAAAGAUGCUUCAGGUAAAGUGGAUCAUAGUACUGAUGUGGCUGAAGAAUGUUUCAAGUUGCAUCAAGUAUGGGAACGAAAAGGGCCCGAAAGCAUUGAAGAAUUGCCUCCAGUGGAAGAAAUUCCACAUUCUAUUGAGCAUCAUCUUCCUAACACAUAUAUAGACCUCACAAAAGAUCCAGGAACAGAGACCAAAAACUUGGGGGAAUUCAUAGACGUAACCGUUUUAAAUAUUGAUCAAUUAGGAUGUUCUAAAGACAAUUUGGACCAAAAUGCCCCCAUAUUAGCCAGUAUGCAGCCUGAUACUGUAGAUGCUUUUAUUGAUUUGACACAAGAUGUUUCAAGUGACAGUAAAAAUGAAGAUAACGAUCCUGCUUUAGCUGUUGAAGACUUGGGGUGUCAGGUGAUAUGUAUAGAUGAAGAGAAUGCUAAGGACGAGAAGGUGGAAGUGGCAAACGGGCCUCUGGAAUGCAUCGUGGAGGUAGCCAGUAUCAACUUAACCUCGGAAUCCCCUGGUUUGGGUGAAGUGAAAAAGGAUGAUUCAAAAUCAGAGGCAGUAUCAAAUUCUGAUAGUUCAGAGUUGCCUGGGGCUUUGGAUAAUGCUCACAAAAAGAGAAAAAACCCUUCUGAUCUAAAUGAUUCUUUUCACAAAAAACAGAGAAAGGAAACAGACUUACCCAGUAGGGAAAAGACCAAGAAAAUUACCCAAGACUCUGGUGAGAAUGGUGAAGGUCACCGAAAGAAAGCCAAUAAGAAAAAGGCCCCUGCAGUUACUAAAGAUCCCUCAUCAUUAAAGGCAAGCCCAGGCACUAAGGAUACAUCAGCACUUGACACUUCUCUUACAAGCCUUUCUGCAAAGAAUGUUAUUAAAAAGAAGGGAAAAAUUAUAGUUUCAUGGACAAGAAAUGAUGACCGGGAAAUUUUAUUGGAGUGUCAGAAAAGAGGGCCAUCUUUGAAAACAUUUUCUCAUUUAGCUGCCAAGUUGAAUAAAAAUCCUUAUCAGGUCUCAGAAAGAUUCCAGCAGCUAAUGAAGCUCUUUGAAAAGUCAAAAUGCAGAUAAGUUGCUGAAUUCCUUGGAGUCUUAAUUGACAUUGCAUACUACACAGAAGCUUGGAAUUCCUCAUGUUUUUAAUGGGGAAGUAGGGGGGCAAUUUUAUGACAUAUUUGAUUACCAGAUAAUAAUCUGCAUUUGUUAUUACUUGCUGACUCUUAAAUCUCAAGCCAGCAUGUUCAGCUUGUUCCUGACAUCAGUCUGAUUUGCUUCCCUGUUACUGGUCAUGAUAUUUAUUUUUAAACAAGUUACAACUUGUUAUCAAGAUAAAAGCAACAACAAAACAGUAUUGAAACCUUAGUUUUGAUAUUUCAAAGAAAGAUUUUUUUUCUAGAUUUUUAAAGAUAGUUUUGUAGCAUUUAAACUUAACCAUUAUUUAGUUCGUUUCAUCCAUUUUUAUUUGCUUUUCUAAUUGCCUUAUUUUGAUAAAUUGUAAAAUAAUUUAAAUAGUGUAUCUGUAAAUAUGUAUAAAUUUAAUGAUGUAAAAUAUUUGUGUGUGUGUGUGUGUAUGUUUGGGUGUAUACACACGCAUAAAUGGCUGUGCCUAGCCAAGGAUUUUUUUUAUCUGUAUAAAACCUUUUGUAUAAAGUUUGCUUUCAUUACCAGUAAUGUAUAAAUAAAACCCUGUAAAGUUCUGUUA